GAAAACGUAUAACGCUUUGGAGGACCGACGUCAGUGUUUGUGUGCUGCUGUUUGUUGGAAAGAUGGCGGAGGCUGCGGCAGUUCCUCCGCAUCGGUUUUUCUGUCACUGUUGUAAAGGCGAAGUGAGACCCAAACUCCCGGAGUAUAUCUGCCCCAGAUGUGACUCUGGAUUUAUUGAAGAGGUAACAGAAGAUUCCAGUCUUUUGGACAGUAGUACGAAUGGGCUUGAUGACACAGCUUCACAGUUUGCAGAGCUCUGGCAGCUUCUGUUUGCGGAGUGGCCAUUUACAGCGGACUUGGACAGACCUGAGUCAGAGCCACGGGUUCCAGGAGGUGCUGGAGGACUAGGUCUAGGAGGAGGGCCAUUUGGUGGCUCUGUCCCUGGAGGCCUCAGCGGGAACCUCAGUAGCCCUUUAGGAGGAGGAGAGCACUGGGGCCCCAGUCGUCCCUCUCGCCUGCACACUCAGAGGAGAUAUAGAUCCAGAGGAAGCAGUCGGCCGGAUCGCUCCCCUGCUGUAGAGGGAAUAGUACAACAGUUUCUUGCUGGCCUUUUUGCCAAUUCAGGUGCUCCAGGUUCGCCUCCACUGUCAUGGACAGGCAUGCUGCACUCAAACCCUGGUGACUAUGCCUGGGGGCAGGGGGGUCUGGAUGCAGUCAUUACACAGUUACUGGGUCAGUUUGAGAACACAGGUCCUCCUCCUGCAGAGAAAGAGAAAAUCUCCUCCCUUCCCACGGUCAUUGUUUCUCAGGAACAGGCUGACAGCAGUUUGGAGUGUCCGGUGUGUAAGGAAGACUACACAGUCGGGGAGCCAGUCAGGCAGCUGCCCUGCAACCACUUCUUCCACAGUGACUGCAUUGUGCCCUGGCUAGAACUGCAUGACACAUGUCCGGUAUGCAGGAAGAGUUUGAGUGGAGAGGACAGUGGCAAUCAGCCACCCUCAGAGCCCUCCUCCGUAAACACCGAGCCUCGCACACAGGAGAGAUGGUCCUACUGAGAGAGACGCGCGCACACAUGCUUUUUCAUCUCUGCUCUAUCUCUUUAACUCUUACAACACACAAUGUGUGAGGAUUUGCCACUAUUUGGCAUUCCCUGUCUUAACGCCAGCCUCUCUCUCGCUCGCUCUUCAUUUUUGAUCAUACCAAUCUCGUAUGGUUUACUAUGACUUGUUUACCGUUUUUAUUUUUAUCCCUCCAUGUUUCCUCUGUCGUGGCCCAUCUCUGGUCUCCUUUCUUUCUCUGCAUUGACACUUUUUUACAUUAAUUCAGAGGUGUUUUGCAUUUGAUUACACAUCUUGUCCUGGUGUCUGCUUUCCCAGGCGACGGACUCUGAAGACUGCACAUGCUCACCACCAUCUGGUAGGCAUAACACUACAUGAGCCAUCCUUCUUAUAGAAUGUGCAGUGUUAUGCACUUUCCAUGAAGCUGAACUGCACAUGGUGCACAGAGCCAGCCCCUGUUUAUGGUUUCAGUGUGUGUGCGUCUCCCCCCCCCCCCCCCCCCCCCCCCCAGUGUGGCCCAUUCUACUGAUUGGUUGCCCUUAACCCCUUUUCGCUCACUGUUUAGCACACCUGUUCAGUGGGUCACCUCGUCUUGUCUCGGUAGUUGUUACCAGUCUCGGAGCGCUCCUCUUUCCUCUCCCUCUUGCCAUCUGUGCACUUCUCCCAGGUGUAUAUAUCACAGGCACACAUGGUGUCUCUCGCAUCUCAUUGGCAUCACUCCUUUUCUUUUUUUUGUAAAUAAUUUUAGUUCAAAACCUCAUUCAAAGAAAAACAAAAGGAAAGGAAUACUGCAUAUAAAAUGGUAAAUCCCUAAAUAUUAAAAAUAUAUAUUAUAUAAAUGAUGUGUUGUCAAUUAUGUAUUGAUAAUAAAACUGAAUAAAAAUCAAUUAACUGUUGAGCUUGCUAAGACAGGUUUACAUAAAUUUUUACAUGAAAUCAUGUACAAGAGCCAAGGACACAAUUUGAUUUCAUAAUUUUGUUUAAUUGAAAUCUUGGUUUUUCUACAGCAUCCAGUUAAACUUUGUUCAUUUUUCCCCCCCCUUCAACCAAACUCAUUUUAGUGCAUUUUAAUAUUCAUUUAACAGUGAUCAGUUUGAUAUAUAAAAUAUCUAAUUUUUCACAUCUUCAGCCUGACAAAUUGCCAUUGAUUUAUACACAAGGUCGCUUGCGUAUGAUCAAGAAGCAAUACCAAUUAGCUGUGUUAAUGACAUUAAUGAAAGUCAGACAUGGAUCAUAAAGGUUACUAUUGUUUGUAUUUGAACUGUAGCCUCUUACAUUCCUCUGACCGAGCUGUCUGUCAAUGCAUAUGCAUUUUUAAACACAUCACAGGACUCUUAAAACCAAUGCUGUCUUCUUAAGAUAAUAGCAGCCUUUACUGUUAAGACCUCCUGGAAAUGUUUCCAUCCAAUUAUGUACACAUGGCUUCAAACUGUCUACCAAAUUAUCACAUUAAAAGCAGGUCAAGCACGUC